AUGGCAAGACCAGAGUCGGCAUGGUCACGAAUAGCAUCAACACAUAGCAUCCCUCGAUACCGUCAAAAUAGCUAUUUGGAAUCAGACGAUGAUACCGUUCGUGGUUCGGAAGUUGAAGAUCAUACAGGUUUUCAUCAAAUUCCAGUAAUUCCAGUACACAGUAGCAACCGACCAAGUCCAUGUGAGCCAUUAAAUCCUGCACCGUUAUCACGUUCAUAUGUACCUCCCUUAUCUACGGAUUAUGGAGAUGUAUUGGUCGAUUCAACUCCCAUCAGCAGAUUCUUUAAUGGAGAAAGGGCUGAACGGAGGGAACGUGAGUCUGUUAAUGAUGGAGUGGUAGAUUUUAAUGGAGUUGGGCCAACUGAGCGGAUACAAUUUGAAGGCCUGGUUGCUGCUAAUACGGAUGAUGUCACUGUUGAAGCACGGUCCUUAUUAAAUCAGUGGAUGAAUAGCCCUGGUCUUGGCGUGACGGACGAUUUAACUGAUGGGAUCUUGGGCUCGGGUUCAGCAGCUCCUGAUUUAAUUCAACGGUUGGGAAGAGCACAGGCUAGACAUCAGGCUAGAGAUGCUAUUAAUGAUGUUGCUGGACGUCGGACCAAGAUCACCGAUGAAGUACUUGCACCAUGGACGGAACGCAACGAUGACCGACACGAUCUGGCCCGUGAGCGACGUGAAGUCAUGACUAUGCAACGACGGUCUGAAAUGAUGCGCAAAAUCGAUGACAAACGGGCAAAAGCGGCUGAAGAACGUGUUAGACGCGAUGCUGAACAGGAGAAAACUAGGAGAGAGAUUGAGCGUGUUCGGAUUCAAAAAGAUAUGGCAGAACGAAUCCGUAAAGAGACGAUGGAUCGGACAACACGGCGAGUUGAGGAGCAUAUCGCUGUUGAUGAGAGACGGAAGGUCGCUGCUUCACAACGAGCAAAAGAUAGGGCUGAACAUGAGGAGGAAGUGCGGAGGGUUGUAGACUUGAAAUUCUCGCAAAUUGAAGCUAAAGGGAAAACAGAACGUGAGAAAGACGAGAAGAGAAAAGCUGCACGAGAACAACGAGCAGCUAAGGCUGACGAGAUGUUUACGUUGCAGAAGCUCAAAUCCUUGAAGCGUCAUUUCAGUGGAUGGAAAGAUCUGUGUCUGUGUGGUCAGUAUGAAAUGGCCAAGUUGCAAGUCGUUUGGAGGUGGCGACGAAUUAACGAAUCAUUGUCGCGAUGGAAAGCAGCAGUUAGGCACCGAGUUUCGAAGAGGGAAGCCGAGCGAGUAGAGCGUGAAUUGAAACGGCAGCAGCAACUAAUCAUGCGUGCCGUAAAGCAUGAUCGACUCACGGCUCUCAAUAAAGCAUUAUUAGCAUGGCAGAUUGGAUCUAAGCUCUCUCGCGAAGAAACCGAAACAGCAAGACGACACGCGGAACGUGCCAAGAAGAUGCAACAACUACUUUCCAAGAUGCAGAAUGACCACAACAGUCUUGAUCCAGAUGAUCAAAUGGCCUCCAAUAAUGUAGAGGCUCCAUCGCUAUCACAUUUCACUUCAAGUCAUGAUACUGCUGAAAGCGGUAUCCCAUCACUUCCAGUUGCGGCUAAACAACACGGAUACUCGACCACCACACCCUCACAACCUGUGUCGGGACGUUCUUCUCCUUCCCGAAUGUCAUAUUCCAGUUCAAGGAAAUCUCAAGCCGUUAGGACUGCGAAGGACUUGCAGCUGUUAGCUCAAAUGGAGCAACGAGAGGUUGAGCGUAAACACAGACGAGAAGCUUUGGAAGAUUUGAAACGGCAGCGUGAAGCUGAGGUCAAGCAAAAGCAAAUGGAAGACGAGAAAAGAAAGCAAGACGCCGUUCUUGAAGAAAAGAGACGAGCGGUAGAGCAAAAACGUGAGGAGAAGCGUUUAGCUCAACUGGCCGAAGAGCAAAAGGCAGCGGCCAAGGUCAAAAUGGCCUCUCUAUUAGCACAAGCAUCGCGUCACCAUUCCAUGGCACUCCUCAAAUAUCGCGGCAUCUUCCCAUGGAAGAAAUUCAUUGCCAACUUACAAGUCUUGAAAGAGCAAGCCGAUACCUUUACAACCAUUCAGGCCCUUCGACUUCCAUUCAAGAUGUGGUUGUUUGCUCUGGAGGCAAGACGAAGACAGCGAGAGGACGCUGCUACUCGGUUUAGGGAUACAACACUUCUGAAGUUGGUUAUGCAAGAGUGGAAGUCAAGUGUGGCAUCGCAGCAAGACCUUCUUGUUCAUGCACAAGCUAUGAGCUCGAAGGGACUUCUCCAACAAUUCUUUGUGUGUUGGAAGGAAGAGCUCGUUGCCAAGCAGAAUGAACGACAACGUAUUGAUGAGGAGAUGCAAACUAAAGCGGAUGCCUUUGUGAAACAAUGUCUUCCUCGUCGAUACUUUGGUGAAUGGAGGCAAGGUGUCGUCAAGAGCAAAGAGAAGAAGUGGAGGCAGUACCGAAGGACUGUGUUGCUUGACAGAGCUAAGGAGCUACUGAUACAUUCCAAGCUCUCAAACACUUCAAGUGAUGCAAUGGACGUUUACAUACCGUGA